AUGACAACAAACAAGAAUUCAGCUCUUCUUCCUCUCUUCCUUUUCAUGGUAAUUAUGUUUGUGACAUUCUCGAUAAUUUCGGUCGAGGCCAGAAAGCAUCACACCAAUAAAAGCAGAGCUCAUAAGCAUAAAAAAGACAGGGGUGGCAACAAUAAUGCUCAUGUUUUGCCCCCUGCACCAGCUCCUCUUCCUCAUCCAACUCACUCUCUCAUUUUCAAUAUUUUAUCUUUUGAAGCAAAGGGUGAUGGAGUUUCCGAUGAUUCCCUGGCUCUUUUAGCAGCAUGGAGAGCUGCCUGCAAAGUUACAGGGGCUUCAGUUGUAAUUCCUUCAAAGUUCAAGUUCCUUAUCAAGCCUAUAACUCUUCAAGGUCCUUGUAUGCCUCACCUUGUUCUUCAGAUCGAUGGAACUGUAUUAGCUUCUUCAAAAGUGAGUUCAUGGCCAAAAUCCAGCUUGUUUCAGUGGAUAAACUUCAAAUGGAUUCAUAACUUCACCAUUCAGGGUGCUGGAAUUGUUGAUGGCCAAGGUUCUGAUUGGUGGACUCUCUCUCACGCCUAUGAUCUUCAGAAAAGAUCCAAACAUAUAUCAAACAUGAAACCAACUGCUUUAAGAUUUUACGAUAGUCACAAUGUUACAGUUCGCGAGAUCACAAUCAUAAACAGUCCUCAGUGUCAUCUAAAAUUUGACAGCUCUAACGCGAUUCGAGUUAACAACAUAACAAUUUCUUCUCCAGAAAGUAGCCCCAACACUGAUGGAAUUCACCUGCAAAACACAAGAGAUGUAGAAAUUCAGAAUAGCAAUAUUGGCUGUGGAGAUGACUGUGUAUCCAUACAAACUGGUUGCUCUAAUGUUCAUAUUCAUCAUAUCAAUUGUGGCCCUGGUCAUGGCAUAAGUUUAGGAGGAUUGGGGAAAGACAAAAGUGUUGCUUGUGUAUCUGAUAUCAUUGUUGAGAAGAUCUCAAUGAAGAAUACUAUGGCUGGAGUUAGAAUAAAGACAUGGCAGGGUGGAAUUGGAUCUGUGAAGAAUGUAACAUUCUCUAAUAUCAAUGUGGAUGAUGUUAAGGUGCCAAUAGUGAUUGACCAAUACUACUGUGACAAGCAUUUUUGCAAGAAUCAAACAGGAGCAGUGGGAAUAUCUGGAGUGAGAUAUGAUAAGAUAAUUGGAAGUUAUUCGGUGCAGCCAGUGCAUAUAGCCUGCAGCAAUGAUGUUCCGUGCACCGACGUUGAUUUGAUUGACAUUCAGCUGAAACCCUCCUGUGAUUAUGGACGAUCAGUCAAACAGGCUCUGUGCUGGAACUCUUAUGGAAGAUCAGAGGCUCCUCUCUUCCCUUCAAGUAUUGAUUAUUGCUUGAGAAGGGAUAGAGGUGGAUCAGUCAACAGAAUAGCUAAAUCCCAUGAGAAUGUUUGUCACUGA